AUGGAUUAUUCAAUAUUUUCUAAAUGUGUCUUAACAAUUCACGAUCCCUGGAGUGGAGGGGCCAAUAAAACGUAUCAAAGCAAGGAUCCGCUUGCGAAGUGUAAUACGCAUUAUAUCCCAGCCACCACCCUCCGCGAUGGAAAAAUAUCGAUUACCAAGCCCUGGAAGAAACCGAUCGAUUACUGUGAUAUACGCUGUCCCUUCUACCAUUGGCAAGAGGGGCAUGAUGACCCUGACGCUCCUCCUUCCGACCUACCAACGGAACUUACGAAUCCGCGAUUCAAUGCCCAAGCCAAAAAGAACAAAAAUUUCCGCCCUGAUAUUCACAUCAUCUUGAUCGACUCGUGUUCAUCGACCCUGGCGAGAAGAGCCAUCCCACAAACCCUCACUUUUCUCGAGCAAAAAAUGGGCGGAGUUUUUAUGCACCAUUUGAAUAGAGUGGCUGAUAAUAGCCACCCAAACGGGUUUGCCUUUCUUUUCGGAAAACGCAUCUACGAGUCAUUUCGUGGAUUUCUCGGCGCAUCGGACCUAGCCGCCGAAUGGAGCAUACAAAAGGCUUGCAAAACCUACCUGGAUAACGAAACGAUGAUCAUGCACGAGUAUGCGGCGGAAGGCUAUAAAACAGCCCAUUUACUGGACUGGGGAGACGUCUUCUACUACCCCUAUUGCAAGGGAUACUUGAAGCAGCCGACGGAUCAUCGCUAUGAAGCCCUGAACCGGAUCCUUGGCGUCGACAAGGAGUUCGAGAAGGAGAGGCUGGCAAAUUGUAUGGAAGAGUGGCACGCAUUAUUGAAAUACCAUGGGCAGUUUGCGGCUGGGUACAAAAAUAACCCGAAAUUCGGCCUCUCCUGGCUGGUAUCACUACUUCACGGCAACGCAAACAUGCUCUAUCACACGGACGACUAUUUUUUGAAAUAUUUUCAAGAGCAUGAAAAGACAUUCGACAACUCGUUCGUGUUCUUCAUGGGUGAUCAUGGGCCGAGGAUUGGUCCGACCACCGGCACAGAAAUGGGGCAGCGAGAAGUGAAUAACCCGAUGCUGAUGCUGAUGGUUCCGAAAUUUUUGAGGGAAAACAAGGAGCUGAUGACCAAUCUCAAAGCCCACUCGACGAGUCUGCUAACCCACUUUGACGUCUACGCGACGCUGCAGGACAUCUUAAAGAAUGCUCACGCUACAAACUACACAUCUUUUAAAUAUGAACAGAUUCUGAAUCCAAACCCAAAUAAUGGGACCUCGAUUCUGCGCCCGCGAGGGCCGUUUGAGGACAGGAAUUGCCAAAACGUGCCGGUCACUGGGGAUUACUGUCUAUGUGAAUUUAAUAAAACUGAGAAAAAUUUCGUCCCAAUGGGCAAAUUUGCGGUCGGAUUGAUCAACGAAUAUGUGGAGCAAGAGAUGUUAUCAGAUUUAUGCGCCCCGCUGAGCUUGGGAAAGAUCGAGUCCGUCUCCACUUACAAUCCAGAACGGGCUACACAGCUGUAUGAAAUUACAUUUACCACUGCGCCGAGUAGUGCAAAGUAUAAAGCGCGCAUCCGCAUCGACGACAACGAUCAGUUCAUCGCAUCCGGCCACCCGUCUUCGCCCCCGGAGAGGUGGAGCCUCUACCUCGCCCAGAUGCCGACUUCGCAUCGCUCGUACGAGGGCAAGAAGAAGCCCGCCGAGUUGCCCCUCGUCACGUUCAAGCAGUUCCAGAAGCUGCCCCUCGAUUUGUGGGUGCUGGUCAGGAACGCGCUCACCCCGGCCGACCUGCUGUGCUUGGCCGAUGCCGAUCGGUUCUUUAAGAGCGAGAAAGCGGCCGACAUCCUCAUCACGUUCGAGCAGUUUGUGGAGAUGCCGCAGGACGUCUGGCUGCUUUUGAUGGAGCACUUCAGCCCGAUCGACAUGCUCAACUUGGCGUAUGCCGACGACUUCUUCAAGGGACUCAUCACGGCGUCGCCGAAACGCUGGGCGUCGUUCGUCGAGCAUACGUCGUCGGGCUACGGCGAACUUGAUGCCAAGACUUAUGCCCUGUCGCGCAGCCGGAAACGCUGGGAGGCAGAGCGCAAAUAUCUGCUCGCCUACGGGAAUGAAUACACCUACCCGCGCGAGGUGUUUGGCGACCCGCCAUUUGAGGAUGGGCUCUGCCGUCAUGUUCCGCCUGACGGUAACCGGGAAAUGGCCUCGAUAGAUGACUUGUACAUCCUGAUCAACAACGCCACCUUUGACCAGCUCGGGCUCUGGCGACUGCCCGGCCCCGACAAGUACAUCACCGCCCCCGCCGUUCGCGCCCAUAUUGCCAUGCUGCCGAUCGACGGACCGAAACGUGACCUGUGGCCCCAGAUCGCCGAAAUGCAGCCGAGCUGUGUGACCGUUCACUCCAGCCCCGUCUGUCACGUUGGCGAGAUGCGGUCGGCGAUCAAGGACAUCAUGACUCUAGUUCCGGGCUUGUCAAAGCUGUGGGUCCACUUUGGGCGCGAGAUUGCCGAGAUGGACAGCCUCGUCGAAGUGAAGGCGCCGACGAUCGUGGCCUACUUCUGUAUGAAGAAGCAAGUGGGCACCAAAUAUAGCAGCUACAAGUACGUCCUGGAUACCAAGCUACUCAAGGAUUUCCACCGCAUCGUCGUCCCGGCCUUGAACACGCUCAUCGACCAAUGGGAGAGGCGCGAGCGUGAGAUCGAUUACAUCACCUUCAACGCCCAGGAGUCGCCACAGCCAGGACGCCACUACCGCAUGUGGAACAACUUCGUGGAGUUGCACCGGGUUGAUAUCCUGAUGCUGCCAAAAGAAUUGUGCGAGAAGCGCACGGACCCGAUCCGGCUCUACGACCUCGACAGGCUGGCUUUAAUUCGGCGUGGCCCCGAGAGCCACGAGGGGCUCCUCAUCGGCGUCUACGGGGCCAGCAUCGUGCUCUUGGCCUGUGAUUACAACUUCCGCAGG